CGUGUUAAUCCAAUUCCUCUGUUUCCCUCUUUUUCUGAAGGCCACAAUUUUCUUCUCUCUCCUUCAAAAGAAGAAGAAGAAGAAAAAAAGACUCUGCUUGAUGGAAGUUCCCAAGAGAACUAGAUAUGGCUUCUCAGAGAUUUGUAAGAGAGAACUGGGAUUUUCUCCGACCUUCACUCGUCGAUUCUCUGCUUCUGAGGUAGUUGUGAAGCAAAUCGACCUUUACGGGAAGCUAAUUGGUCAUGUGGGUUGUGUAAAUUCAGUAGAAUUUAACUCUACCGGCGAUCUUCUUGUGUCAGGUUCCGAUGACACACAUGUUAUGUUUUGGGAUUGGGCAACUAAAAGUAGAAGGCUUUCAUUUCCUUCUGGCCACUCUGAUAACAUUUUUCAGACUCGAAUCAUGCCAUUCACUGAUGAUCGGAGAAUAGUUACUUCUUCAGCUGAUGGCCAGGUCAGGCUCGCCCAGGUCUUGGAGAACGGCCAAGUUGAUACAACGGGGUUGGGGAGGCACCAAGGGCGUGUUUACAAGCUUGCUGUGGAGCCAGGAAGUCCCCAUAUACUUUAUAGCUGUGGUGAAGAUGGUUUUGUGCAACAUUUUGAUCUGCGCAGCAGGUCUGCCACAAAGCUUUUCUUUUGCUCCUCAUUCUCAGAAAAUAGCAAACGGCCUUCUAACAGUAUAAGAUUGAAUGCCAUUGUAAUUGACCCAAGAAACCCCAAUUACUUUGCUCUAGGAGGUUCCGAUGAAUUUGCACGUGUCUAUGAUAUAAGAAAAUGCAGAUUAGAUGCAAAAAUGAAUUCUGAUACACCUGUGAACACAUUCUGCCCCCAUCACCUGAUAGAGUCUAAAAAUGUGCAUAUCACAGGGUUGGCUUACUCUACCACAAGUGAAUUGCUUGUCUCUUACAAUGAUGAACUAAUUUAUCUGUUUCAGAAGAACAUGGGAAUGGGACCUCACCCAUUGUGCAUAAGCCCUGAAUAUUUGAAGAAACUUGAGGAGCCUCAAGUUUACUUAGGUCACAGAAAUUCACAGACUGUUAAGGGAGUGAACUUCUUUGGCCCUAAUGAUGAGUAUAUAUUGAGUGGGUCUGAUUGUGGCCAUAUAUUUAUCUGGAGGAAAAAAGGUGGUAAGCUUGUGCGCUUAAUGUCUGGUGAUCGACAUAUAGUAAAUCAACUUGAGCCCCAUCCACAUAUUUCCAUGUUUGCUACUUGUGGAAUAGAAAAGAGUGUGAAGCUUUGGGUUCCCAUGGCGAGUGAAACUCCUCCACUUCCUGAAAAUGUAGAAAAGAUUAUGGAAUCAAAUAAGCAGGGCAGAGAACACCAUUCACGGGUAACUCUUACCCCAGAUGUUAUCAUGCAUGUUCUGCGCCUGCAAAGGCGGCAAACAUUGGCGUAUAUAGAAAGGAGAUACAGUAGAGCUGAUAUCGAGAGUGACGAAGAUGAGGGAGAGGCGUUUGUUUUGGGGCUUUCAGAUGCUGAGCCUUCUUCUGAAGAGGGUUGCAAUAUUAGCUAGAGUUUGCAAGUUAUAUUAAGCAAAUUUUGGUUCUAUGCAGUAUAUAUUUUUGAAAUUUUCAGUGCUUUACUAAGUUACUGUUAUGAGCUAAAAGAAUUUCUACAA